GAUCAUCUGGCAUGUAAAUAGUCCCACUUUUGUUGAAUGCUGUACCAUCAGAUCGCCCACUCUGUUGUUUGUUGUUGCACAAAAGCCAUUACCAAACACAUUAUGAGGCUUAAUGAUUCACAGACUCAUUUAGAGCCUGACGACUUCCUGGAGGAAUGGAUGGAGACUUGGGUUUGCGCACGCAUGCGUAAACCUGACCUGAUUUCCAGAGCCACGCUUGCAGUUUUUAUUAUUCCUAAGACUCCUUGAACACAUGUAGGCUGGUGCUCUCGCAGUGUCUGGAGAACUGGUUCCCACUCAGGAAGGACAGUCACAGCCUCCCUCCCACGCUCGCACCGGCUCCUCCCCGCUGUUCCCGGUAGACUCGGAAGACACCUCGGAUCCACCGACACUGUGAAGGUGCUUUUGGUGGCUGUUUUUUUGAUCUCUUCUUCCUUGUUUACGCUGUGUUUGGAAUAUUAUUUAUCCCCCAUACAAUUUUUUCGCUUUUUGAUCGUAGACAGCGUGCCGUUUGUGUUUUCCCACUGACUCUCUUUCUCAGGGGAAUUGUAAGAGCGCUUCCAGAUUAAAUAAACGCGCAGACGCUCGAGGACAAGAUGACUGUUAAUGCGGUGUUUUGGGGCUUUAUUGGCACUGCCAUGCUCAUGGUAUUCCACAGUGAAGCAGAUCAUCGCCUUCCAGCGCUUAAAAACCUAUCGUACACGUGGGUCGACCCAUUUACCUUAAACUUGUCCUGGUCCUGGGACAGACCCAAGCAUCUGCCGAACUGUACAAUCAAAUAUGAAAUACGCUAUCUGGACAAAAGUGUUAAGCCGGCGCGCACACCUAAUCAUCACUACAAAGCCUCUUUUCUAACCGAGUCGAAUGAGGGGAAGUUCAGCAUUCAUGCAGUGGCAGAGUUCUGCGCUGGUUGGAUUGAAAGCAAACCUGAGAAUAUAUUCAUCAGUACACAAAAGUCAAUCGUUAAUGUGGUGAAAGACUUCAAAUGCUCCAUUGGGUCCAGUCAAACAAACUGCUCCUGGGAGCCCGUGAGUCCGUCUGCUGGCUUGAAGAUCUCCUAUAGGAUUAGUGGAAUAGGGGAAAACAACAGCUUAAAAAUGUGUAAUCAGUCCUACAGCUAUGGAAAAAGGAAUGGAUGUGUCCUGGAAAAUCAUGGUCCGGAAAACGACAUCUAUGUCCUUGCUGAGAAUGCAGCUGGACUGCAAACCUUUAAAGCUAGACGUGUGAUAUUUUUGCCAAAGCUGACCAUCAGAGAAAAUGAAUCAUAUCUCUACCUGGAAUGGACACCUCCAGAUAUUGGAAAAAAUUGUCAGUUGAAUUAUGUGGUCUGCUACAGCGAAUGUGAAAGGGACAAAGGCUGCCCAAAGUACACCUCGGUCUUAAACACCCCAGAACCUUUGAAGAUUGCCUACGAUAAAAACUGCCGUUACGAGUUUAAAUUCAAUGCCACGCCGGACAAAUAUUGUCCACCAAUACACUGCGACGGCAUUGCGGUUGAAGUUUACGGUAAUAACACACGUGUUAAGCUGUCUGAUGGAAGGCUGACUGUGGUCGCCAUCGUCAUCCCUCUUGUUCUGUCUGUCGGCGUCAUUCUGUCCUGCUACUGCUUCAGGAGGCACAGAGCCAUACUUUGUCCCACCAUGCCCGACCCUUCAACCAUAUUCAAGGAGAUGAUGAACGGAAACAAAGAACAGAAGACUAAAUCAGAAAGUCUGUAUACGCCGGUGCCAGAGCCCGUCGAACCCGUCACAAUUACUCCUGUUAACUGAAAACUCCUGACGCGUAGCUACACAGCAACGCCUUCAGGGCAGCUGGACUUCUAUUCUGGGCAUCUGGAACAUUUACAGAGUCACUGAAAAGCUUUGUUUCAUUGUCCUCUCCCAGUUGAAAGUUUCAAGUGUUUUGCACCAACACACUAGACAUCAUCAAACACGAGUUGCUGGUGAUGAAGCACCGAAUCUAUGGAUACAUUGGGCCAGCCGAUGCUGCAUUUACUGGAAAGUGUUCUACCAGUAGCAGGAGCUGGUGUAUUCCCACAGAUCUGCUGUGUGAUUUUAACAGGAAAAGGAACUGUGUGUAAAAAUGGACCAACCUGCGUCAUGCUCUGGUUUUCUGAACAGCGGGUUUAAAGCUCACGCUGGUCAGUAUCAUUGCAGUGCCUGACUCCUCCUGACUCCUGGAAGAUGCAAAAAUGCACAAAGAGAUUCAAUUCAACUUUAUUUAUCUAGCGUCAUUUACAGUCAAAUUGUCUCAAGACGCUUUACAGAACCCAUAUGAUGGAGCAGGAGUGGAGAUGGGACGGACGGUGAAAACAUACGGGACUCAUGGACCAUUCUGCGGUGGCACCUGUCCUUAGUUAUGCACAAGUUUAAUAGAAAAUACAGGUGAGUUUAAUAAAAGUUCAACCCUCGUGCAGUCGUCACGAAGCUUCAGAGGUUACAAUCAUGUUUCUUUCUGGUGUAAAGUUUUAACAUGGGGGUCUGUGGGGAUACACUAGAGCAAGUCGCUCUUCAUUUUUCAGCCCUGGAGGUUGGCUCAAUUGGACGAAUCUACCGAAAGAGGAUUAAAAAGAGAGGCUUCUGUCUUGGCACAGUGUGAGCCGUGUUUGUAUGUUUGACAAGCAAACGCCAGUGUGACCGACAUCCUGGCAGCUACACAAAAGACGGGAAGCAGUAAUCCCAGCGAAUGCUUCACAGCACUAACAGCAAUCCAGUGACUUUACAGGAAGACAAGGACUGCUGCUGCUUCACCUCCACUGACCUCCACAUAUUUGCCCACCUCCAAAUGAGGAAAACAUGGAUGUCUCCAAGGUGGCCAGUGCGCUUCAUUAAGGACUGAGCGUUCUUUUCUGCGGUGAACUCUCAAAACAACCUCCCUUCAUUUCCUCUGUUCAGCUACUACGCAUGUCAAAAGUGAUUCCACCUCGCCGUCAGUCUGGACACACACUGACCUGCAUGAACACCACGUGUCUUGUAGAUUUUGGAAGUUUUCUUACGAUGUUUAAUCGAAACCUGACCGGAAAUGUUUUCAACCUUUGUACACAACUUUUUGGAAAGGGAGCAGUGAUGAGAAUUGUGCACACAACUGAGCAUAUAUUAAACUGAGCAGUUGAUUUUUGUGUAA